AUGUCGAUAGUUGCAGCAAUAACAGCAUUGAUGAUAGUAUCUUGAUGAUAGUGAUAGCAGUAUCAAUGUUAAAAGUACUAGUGACAAUCUUGUAAACAGUGCUAAUAAUAAUACGGUUAAUAUUGUUAAUGAACACUAUUUGUAAUGAUAAUAACAAUGAGACUGAUGGCCUCAUAAAUCUCAGGUUGAUAGUUUACUUUCAAGGGUGGUGUUCUUUAGUGACCAAAAUCACCACCACAACCAAUUCUAAUUUUGAGCAGUAAUGGUGUCUGUGAAAAUUAAUCUUUUAGCAUCUCUCCAAAAAUGUCUCUUGACAGCAGAAGAAGAAGGGCUCCCUGUCUUACCUUUCCCUAUUCCCCCCUCACAUCGAUGUGUAUUUCUGAGUAUGACCCAGACCAUUGACAGUUCAAAAUCGGCAACGGCGUCUACAUUCAAACCCUAUAAUAUCGAAAAUCGCGCGGGAUUUGCUGCUUAUCCCAAUAUUGACCCGGUCAUCGAUACGUUACCCAAAUGUUGAAAAACGUAAUUGACAUAUGAAUUUCUAUCAGCUAUUCCAAUAAUAUCAUUUUCAAAAAACUUGUAACUUUCAGCUCACCUUUCGUCGCCGAGAUGAUUCUUGAUACUCUCUAUACUGUGACCACCAAACGAAGGCGUUUGCCUGGAAAUCAAAGAUCUUCAAAGAUUGGUGUUCAACCAUAUUCAAAUAGGGCAAAGUACACUUACCAAAAGUCGUAUUCUGGAUGUUUGUAAUAAAGUUUUGUGUUCUCUGUGUUGUGGGCCGUCUUUAUGGUUGGGUAGCCUUUUUCGUUAGGUCCUGUGUCGUUAGGUCCUGUGUCGUUGGGUCGCCUGUGUCGUUGGGUCGCCUGUGUCGUUGGUUGGUCCGUUUCGUGGGUUUCUGUUGCAUUGAUAGGUCGUCCAAAGUCCCUAAUAUUAAUAUCUUUGUCAUUGAAGGCAUGUCUGUAUAUCAGGUGCACAAAUGUCACAAACCAAUUUAAAAUCGACCACUUAUAAGGCAAUGCACUUUUGACCUUUGUCCCAUUUUUCAGCAAUGUAAAAUAUCGUAUCUUUGAAAAUAAGUACAUUCUUAUGAAAAAAGGAGUUUAAAAUGCUGGUUCUAGGGUAUGGUGAUCUGCGUUGUUUCCUGCUUCUUGCCAUCCUUAAUUUUGCACCUUGCUGCUUUUGCCUUUUGGCCAGUGAACAAAAACUAUUCAAGAUCUUUGUACAUGAAAUAGCAAGUUAUUUCACUUGAUGAAGUUUCCAACAGACCUUUCCAAUCAAGGUUUCUUGAAAUAUGGCAUUUUCAUUGGUAUUCCUUUUAAUCGUCUUUUUUUGUUUUUCAAUUAAUUUCUUCAUCAGCAUGUAGCAAAGAAAUAUGCUUUCUGGUAGUUUUAGAUUAAUGUUUGAAUACAGCUUAACUUUGUUUUAUUUUUUAAUCCCAUUUUUUAAAUCUGAUUCUGAAUUGAAUAAUUUCAUAUCUUGAUAAAAGGGCAUGUUUGUAGCCACAAUUUCCUCUAUAUUUAGUACUGCUGUGUCCUUUUUUGGAGCCUUGAAAGGGAAGGUAUUAUAUUUGCGAUAAUUCUGUUGCUUUUAUUAGUUAUCUUCCCUUACACGAAUGUCAGCUAUAAUCUUUUUAUCCAGUAAUUGUGUAAUUACCUUUUUAAGAGGAUCAAAAUUUGACAAAGAAAUACUUUUCAGGAGUUUAAAAGUCAAUCUUGUUGCAAAUUAUGUGGCUUUGCAUUGUCUGAGACAGGCCGCUGCAUUGAUUCAAAUGUUGAAUCAGCCCCACUGGCGUCUUCUCUUAAAGCUAAUCUUGGACCAGUCACUUUGCAUGUCUGUUUUUGGCUAUCGUUUUAUUACAGUGUCGCUUCUAGUCUGGCUCACGUUAUUUAACAUGACGUGGUAACCUUAGUCGCGCUGGAAUCCUUCUUUGUGCGCAAAAAGAAUUCAAAGACUGUGUUUGGAACCUACUUAGUGUCUGUCUACCAUUAAUAUGCAUUUCUAUAGUUAUUUUGUCCAUGUUAGAGGUUAGAGCACAGAUUUACAUCCAAAUGCAUGCAGCAAGGCUAGCGUUCUUCUGUAUCUUCUCUUUACUGCUACAGCAAUGGUACAACUUUCCCCUCUCUUGUCAAAUCUUAUCAAAAUUUCAUGCAAAUCUGGGUCACUGAAAAAACGUUGUAGGUGGCAGCAAUGGUCUGUUAUCACUUCUUACUCAACUGCUUUUUUUCUCCCAAAGUCAUUGACGAUUUUGGUGGCCAGCAACGAUAAUCGAGAAUCGAUACGAUACGAAUCGAUAAAUUAGAGCCACCGAUCGAUAGUUGUGUAGGUUCUUUCAUCGCUAGCAGGAUACAAGAGAUUGCAGUUUUGUAGGUUUGAUAACCUAUUCGAUGUUGAUAGUUCAAGGAUAGACAAAUUCCAGGACGUGUGGUGUGGUACCUAUUAUAAUCAAAGCAACAUCACUCGUAUUUAGUGGCAAAUUACACCGUAUUUUGCCUUGGAAAGUCCCCUUGUUAUUUUCGUUAUCAUUAUCGAAUUUGAGUGGAUGCUAACACCAGUUGUGUAUUGCUAUCAAAAUAACAAGGGGGGCUCUUGCACAAAAUGUUGUAAAAAACAAUAGCAAAAGUAGAGAUUUGCCAACUUUUGGCAUCAACAAGGGGGACUCAGCCCCCUUGAACUACACCCCUAGCUAACACUACACCCCUAGCUAACACUUUUUUAGUUUCAAUGGCUUUGGUUGUUAAAUCGAUCUUUCUGAAUCUCAAUUCUGAAUCUUUCUGAAUCUUACUAUACUGCACAUGACGUUUUGUGCUUUAGUAACUGCUCCGAAACGGAGAUUUGGCGAGAUAUAUUAUUAUUAUUAUUAUUAUUAUUAUUAUUAUUAUUAUUAAGGAAAUUUUGUCAUUAGGUCUUUUUCUUGGUUUAUGGCUAGGCCUAUUGCUAUUUCGCAGAGGAAUGACGCCAUCUUUAACGAAUUGUUCUUUAUUUUGAUCGGUCUAGAGAUAAAAGAGGUAGGGUGAUUGUUAUUUAAGGAUUUCUCUUAUCAUAGGAUAAAAAAAGUUAGACCACCUUAUCUAGCAAACGUCCAAAUGGUACUUUUUUAGUGAUUAAGAUUGUAGAAUCUGUAGUUGGUGCUGUAGAAUCUUUAUCCUCGAUUUAUUGUUAUCUACAUUUGUAGGUUCACACCGUGCUUAUAAAAAAAUGAAAUGCACAAUAUUUUUGUCAUGGUAUCAUGUUUCUAAGGUAGUUCCAUGCAAUACUUAACUUCAUUUGUAGUUUCAGCGACCUCUCUUGUAGACGCCUUGGUGAUUGCAAUAUCUUUAUAUGGAGCAACCGGGAGGGGGGAGGGGGGUGUUUGUGGAGCUGCUGCUUCGGACGCUGUUUUCCUACCGCUGAAAAAAUUCAACUUUUACGGUUUCACUAGAAUUUUCUAUAUUUCUACGCUACUUAUUUAACCAUCGAGAUGGCUAAAACUGCAGGGGGUUGCAAUGGGUUUUUGGUACUAUUUAGUUACGGUGUCUUCACUGUGGUUGUAGUGUGGGUUUUUGCCAUAAAUUAUACCCACGGAUGUCCUUUUAUAAGCAGCUGUUUUCCAAUGUAACAAGGGACUUUGGUCACUGUAGGGAUUUUUGGCUGCAUGGUAUUUUGAUGGCUUGGCCUUGCAUAAACAUAGAUUGACGCUGGAUCAUUUAUGAUAUUAAUUUGGUUUUUGUUGAUCUUUGGUCAGAUGAAUAAAAUUCAUGGCCUUCUGCUUCAAGAUUAGCCAGGUUUGUUUAUGGAUCAUAUGGGGGAUUCGUCCGUUUUGAGAAUUAGUAGCGUGUUCCAGAGUUUUCUUUGUUAUUAACGGAAAAGGUUUACAGCUGAACGUAUUGCUGUUUCACGAAAAAAUGAUCGUCGUCUCUGAUGAAUCGUCCUUUCAUUCGGUUAGGUGAAAAAUGAUGUAGGAUCAGGUAGGAUCUGUAGGCGAGUGUUGUAUUGCAAGCAAACAUAUUAGAUAGUUAAUAUUUGGACUUUUGGAGGUGGGUAGGUUCACUUGUGGCGUGGGUGACAAUGGCUCAAACAAAUGUUUCCCUCGCAUAAGGAAUAAAUCAAAAUGCUUGUUCUGACAGCAGAUCAUUCCGGAUAAAGUCGUCAUCUUGAGGCCAGAUUGCUGUGACAAUCAACGUCUUAACAAAGGUUGUGUGACCGAAUUCGAUCGACGUUCAUUCCUACACGUAGCGUCUAUCCCUCAGUUUUUCCAACGGUCGCCAAACUACGACAAGAUAUUUAUGGCUGGUGAAAAUCUCAUUUGAUGUUACCACUGAUCUAAUCUCGCUCGUAUUACACCAAUUAAUGACGUCAUAACGACCUUAGAGACUGGGCACUAAUUUUUAUUUGCAUUUGUAAAGCUACAUGUGAAGGUCUGUGUUUGAACUAAGACUGAUGCACUCGUGCGCAGUAACAGAUGCGAGCAGCCGCAAAUCCAGCUUAUUUGUCGAAGGCAAUUACACUAAACUGUGCAAGAGCGAGGUUUAUUCAUAGUCAAGUUUCUGUGCGAAUAGAGGAACGACGUUGAGAAGCUUUUCAAUGUGGUGGUUUCAGAAAUCAAACGGGAUUAUUUCAUCGAAUUUAUUCCGACUUAGAGGUCAUGGCUCAACGGCGUUUAAGCCCGUCGUCUAUCUAUUUAACGUGAAUUAAUGUGUUUUGAAGGUUAUUUGUAAACAAGAAGAACAUUGCACUGAUGUUGAUUAUGCCGCUAGCGAUCCAGUUUUAGAUAUGUUGCUAGUAAUUCUUCAAGACUUGUAGAGUAACCAAAGGACACAGAGCCUCCUUUGUUGUUUGACAUUGUCAGCUGCAGCUUUAAGUAACUUGGGAAUCAAAAAUGGCUUACAUUUCUUUUCUUGUGAUGCUGAGAGCAAUUUUCUUUGCUGUUUACCUUCGCGAUGCUAUGUUGUGCCUCUGCAUGCCAAGUUGUGAUAUUUACGAUACUGUACAGAAGGGAACAAUUUUUUGGAAUAAUGAUCUUGAUGGCGACCUUGAUAAAGAAUUUAGAAAGAUGUCGUAUUUAUUGAAACUAAAUAUAGACGGUUUAACUCUCAAGGAGACGAGGCAGGGCUGUGGUCGAAUGCAGAACAGACUAGCAGUUUUAUCUGAUGGAACGGCGAUUUGUAUUCGGUAUCGAGAAAAUCUUGAGCAAAUUCAAGGCGAAUUGCUGUCGUAUCAUACAAGCAAACUUCUUGGAUUAGAAAAUGUCUUAGAAGCUAAACUUCUAAGAAUAGACGAAAAAAGUGAAUUCUGGAGUCGUUUGGAUUUUCUGGAUGGUUCAUGGGAUAAUGGGAAACUCGUUAUCGCCACGAAAUUCAUAGAUGACUUAUAUCCAGUCCGUAUUCCAGACAUUAUUUUAAAACAAAACUUCAGACUAGAUAGAAACACAUCGUUUUGUGGUUUGGAUAGACGGACUCAAAGAUUUUUAUUGCAGUGGUCUGAUAUGGUCGUCUACGACUUUAUUAUUGGGAAUUUUGACCGUGUAGUAAGCAAUAUGUUCAACAUGCAGUGGUAUUCAAAGAGCCUGAACGAACCGAUUGAGAAUUUAUUGCAAUUAAGGAAUGGUAUAUUAGUUUUUAUUGACAAUGAAGAUGGCUUCUCGCACGGUUAUCGUCUGCUUGGGCGUUACCAACCAUAUUUGCAAAGUCUCAUCCAGAACCUCUGCAUCUUUAGAAAACAAACUGUACAAAGGCUCGAAGAGCUAGAUUCAUUAGCUGCAGAGGCAUUGGGGCAACGAUUAUGGAAUUCAGUUUCUAGAAGCUACAAUGAUUCACGCAUAUUAGAUUAUAUUCCCCAGAUAUCUACGAAAAAUCUCUACAUUUUCAAAAAUCGAAUUAGUUUAGUAAGAGGACAUAUCAAAGAAUGCGAACAAAAUAAGCAAUGAAGUAGUCUUGUUAUGUUUUAAUGCAAAUUUAAGAGGAUUUGGGGUAGGGUUCUUUGAAUAAUUAUUGCAGUAAAUUUAAUGAGAGAUAUUUGCACCGACACGUAUCAAAGCUGUUCCUGUUCUUUCUCUCCUGGUGACCAUGCUGUUCCCAAUUGGUAUCACUCGUUUUCUUUUCUAAGGAUGGCAUAUAAACCUCUUAAAGCAUUUAAUUUCGUUAAUCUUACUUUUCAGUGCUUUGUUGUGUAGAGACAGAUUUGUGUUCGUUUUUUGUUUAUUUGUGAACGAUUUCGUCAACUCGUGCGCUUUGGACCUUCUUUUUGAUGCACUUUUACUAAAAAGUUUUAGCUCUUGGGUGCUUCAUGCCUUUCUGAUCGUAGUGUCUUACAUUCUACUGAAUAUACAGAGCGAGGCCCAUGACAAACUGUUAUUAUGAAAACAUUUUCUUGAGAUCUGUUUGUCUCAGAGUUCUCCAACAUGACUCUUUUUAUUAGAACCUUACGAUAGUGACUGAUACGCUGUGGAAAACAGUUGUCUUAUUUUAUCUUGAUCAUAUGCAGCAAAAGAAUGCAUCCUCGAACUUCAAUGUGAUCCUCGUCUAAGAGCUAAUAACAGCUAGAGAAGUGUUACUGUCAAAGUUUAAUACAACAGCGAACAUGUUUUGAAGUUGAUUCCUUAGUAACUAUUUAUAUUUGAAAUCAAGGUGAAAAUUAUCAACGUAGCUAGUAUAGUAACGUGCAAUUAAGUAUUGCAAUAUCGGUGCCCUGAGUUGAUGUACACGGGGAAAUGCUUUGCAGUCAAAUUGUGUAUUCCGCUUUUCAGUGUAUUCAGAAUUGCUAUGUGCUGGUUUCUUUAUAGCACUACCAUGUAAAUAGCAAAGAGCAGCUUUCUUUGCCCUUGCAUCAGAGCAUCUUUGAUCAGCCGAAAACCGUCCUUUUCCCUAAUUUAUACCGAAGUUAAAUUGCAAAACUCACUUCAUUAUGCUCAUCGCAUCCACUCAACAUUUUUUUGUUUUCAUAAACAAUAUGUUUACCUCCACUAAGCCAAUCUCUUUUGGAUUUCGGCAUCUCAAAUACCGCUCUUCCUUCUAAGCCCAUAGUCAAAUAGAGAUGCCAUUGCUCUUUUAUCUUCAUGUUUUGUUUGGUUUUAGUUCAUAUGACAGAAAAACAGACAUCUAAACAUCUUGCCUAUAGACUUGUCGCCUUUACUAAGCACAGCAAACAUUAUUCAAAUGUUUAUUCUUCCAAUAACUGGCAUAAACGCACGUUAACUAUGCGUAUAUUUUUAUAAACAUCCUUUUAAAAACUUGCCUCUUUCUGUUGUUAUUAUGUAACCGUAUCACUCCUUUUUAAUUCUCUGUUCUAGAAUAUAUGUAAAAAAUAUUUUUUCUAUCUUUUGGAAACAAACAUUGCUACAACAUUAAGGCAGAUGCAGGCCCAAUCGAGUUAGAGUGCUGCUAGCCCCUACCGUGUUGUUAGCCCCUAGCAUGUUUGUGCAUGUCUUUAUUGCAGGCUCGUUUUAACUAGAAACGUUCCUUUUUCAUCCAACAAAUGUUUUUGAGUACUAAUUUCAUUGAUUUGUUCUCCAAAUUUUAUUAAGAAAUUCCUUUUACAGUUUUAUUUGACAAAGUAUUUUGGCCUUGUCCGUUUUCAUCUAUUUCUUCAGGUUUAUGUUAUCUUAGCUUCUUGCAAUGCAUAAGUCUCUAUCCUGCUACCUAUCAUGUUAGGUAAAAGAGACACGGUGCUCCAUUAAGUUGUUUGAGAUGGCUGCCACAAGAUAUCUUAAAAUUCUCUGCCUUAGCUUUUUUUCUGCUCGGUGGGCAAUGAAGUAACCAAAGGGGGACAGUGGCUACCUUCUAUUGCCAGCAAAGAUCUUCCCUGUAAUAUGUGGGUAGCCUGAGGUUGAAUUUCUCAUGGCUGCGAUGUCAUGUCUCUGUUUAUUGGCUAUAAAGUAAUGUUUUGUAGGCAAGGGCGUAUCUAUUCAGAUAAUCAGAAAUGAAAGAAAGCAAAUUGAUUUUCCUCUUCUUAUGUAGAUUGAAAAAAAAUAUUUUACCAGUAAACAUCAAUGAAUGAUGCUCAAUAUUUUACAGAAACACCCAGCCUUCUUCUUUUCAUUCUUAACCUUAUCUGGACCAACCUUAUUCAGCCCCCUUCAUAUUUCCUGACUGUUUAGCAAUAGGAGCUUUUAGAUUUGGACAUGAGACCUGGAAACAAGCCCCCUCUGGAGAUCCCUCUCUUCAACUUCCACCACUAUUGCCCACUGGAGAUCUUGCUACAUCAAAAGGGAUACAGUGGCCCUACCAGCUACCACCACUGCAUCGACAUGUAUAGGCUGAUAUUUUUAAGGUCGAGAUGUGCUGGUAAAUGACUUUGAUAGACUGCAAACAUCGCAAUUGUUACAACAUAGGCAGCAUACCUGGUUCUUUGUUGACAGUUUUUGUUUGGCUUCAAAAUCCAGGAUCAUGAUUAUAUUGAAAGUAAGAUAUCCCCUUUCUGCUUGCUUCAUCCUUAAACGUUACCGAUCUUUAUGUUCUAAAUUCUGCUUGAAUUUGCAUGUUUAAAAAAGAAUAAAGGAAACUUUCGGAACUUUUGAUACAGUUUGUAAAUUUAGCAUUUAUACUUUUCCCAUUGCUUUUCAUUGAAUCCUACCUUCUCGCCUAAACAAAACAUUAAUUUCUAUUUAUUUAAGUAUUACCCUGCAUCUUAAGAUGUUUUUAAGGCUUGAAGACUCUUGUUGAGUGCAAAUUCAUGUGUUGAUUUAUAAUGCGAGCUCACAUCUUGGGAGCAGGGGGUUGUUUUUCUCGUAAGUAGGAAUGAACCAAGUCGGUGUUGUUGGUGUGACAAUGUUCUCUAUUUUGUGUGUUUCAAAGAUUUUAGAGAACUUUACAUGGCUUUUAAAGAUAUUAUAAUGCACUUGACACAACAGUCUAACUACCCAGUUGUGGGAUAUAAGAACUAUUUCUUUUCUAUAACCUUGUGUUUUGCCACUCAGUUUCUGCCCUUCUGGUCUUAAAAACAUAUAAAGACCCAUAUAUCCCAGAUUAAAUGGAUGAGAAUAGAUACGUCAUCUUGCUGUACAAAAUCUUGGAACACUGAUGAUAGACUUCCUAUUUCAAAUGCUACCUUUUGUGCCGCUGUUUCAAAAAAUACAGAUAUUUGAAGAAAUCUUGACAAGAACUGAAGCUUUCGUUAUAUUAUCAACUUUUGUACUACUUUGAGAUUUCCUAGAUACAGUGAUGCGGGGGUAUUCGUCUGAUGUCGUUUGCUAGAAUUUUAUAUGCAGGGGUGUAGUGGAAGGUGGUUCAGGGGGCUGAUCCUGGCUUGUUAAUGCAAUAAAGUCGCCAAUUUUACUUGCCUGUUCUUUUUCGCAAUAUUUUGGGCAAGAACUCUCCUUGUUAGUUUGAAUGCACAACACCCCUGGAUUUUUGGGAUCCGUUUCUAGUGAAAUUUGUAUUAUAGCAUAAAAGGUAGACCAUCUUUUUGUUGUUUAUACAUGUUUUAAUUUUCUCAGGGACUCUAAAGAAUGUCUGCCAAAAAUUAAUCGUAACACCAAGCAAUCUGCGUCGUUUCUUUUGGAGUAUGAAAUCCGUUUCCUUUUACAUUUGUUUUGAUUUUAAUGUAAUAUCUAAAAAUUCAAAUUAUAUAAAAAUUAUACAUUUCCUGUCAGACCGUAGGCAAAAAUUAAAAGGCUCAAUGGUCUAACAAUGCAACCCUCAGAAAACUCCACUUGCAAUUUUUCGGAUCUAACUUGCAUCAAUAAACUUUCAAUCCAUACUUGUACCUAAAUCUUUCCUGGCACCUGUAUACAAAUUACAGAACAGCUUGUCAUAGUAAGAAAGUAUGGUUUCAGUUUAACGAAACAUCCUCCUACAGCUUCCUACUGUAUCCAUAACGAUAGGAAAGCCUUUAAAGCAAAAUGCCACUUAAACCAAUUGAAGUCGAGUUUUUUGUUUCGUCUUUUAUGUGUCUCUUGCAACUUUCCCAAGCACUUUAGUCUUAGCAUCAAUUCUAGAGAAAAAGCAAUUGAAGUUUAGUUUCAAGCUCACUACGUAGCUAUGCUGGUAUCGAACAUAUGAUCAAAGCGUGCUUCUUCUACUGGUGAUUAGUUGAUUGAUCUCUAACUCAAUGUUUUUUAAAUUUGUAUUUU